AUGAAAGACUCUGGAGCCAUCAAGUCUUUAGCUCUCCUUUUGACACUUACUUGCUCUACGGCUGCUUUGUGGGGUCUAUCAAAUCCCAUUAAUUACCACCAACAAGUCCUCCGCGCUGCGCCUACUCAACAAUCAGUCAUGGAUAAGCUUAUCCCCGAUAUACUCAAACCGCAGACGGUGGCGCCGAAAGAGGACCUCUCGGGUCAAGAAAAUGGACCUAUCAUCUCGGAUGUUCUCCCGAAGACCAAGGGAAUCAACAUCUUCGCCCAGCUGACUCGGGACUUUGAGCCGAUCGCUGCCCGCCUGAAUGAUCCUUCGAAGAACAUGACCGUCCUAGCACCCCGUAACAGUGCUAUCCAAGGAUUGCCUCGCAAGCCGUGGGAAUCUCCAGAGGAUUAUAGCAAGUUUGGGGAGGUGGACGCCUACGAGGGGCAAGAUGGACAGGAUCGAGCAAAGCGUAAUCUACAGAAGUUCGUGGAAGCCCAUCUCAUCCCAGCGAGCCCGUGGAGAAACGGAGAAGAAGUCGAGACCCUUGGUGGGAAGAAGCUCAGGUGGGAAAAGAAGGGCGAUAAGAUUUUACCGGGCAACAUCGAAGUGGACAGUGUCGCUGAGAAGGUCUCCAACGGCGAGGUCUGGGUCUUGAACGAUGUGAUCAACUACCGUUAG